CAUCUAUAAAUUCCAAGCCCCGAUCUUUCCUCCACAACAUAUGCUCGUUGAGAGCAACAAAAUACUUUCCUUGAGAGCAGCAUAUGUUACUAAAUAUUUAUCACAACCUGAGCUAGAACCUUGAAACUUACCUUCUUCCCACAUUUCAUUUUAAGUUAUUUCCAUUUCCUAAUUAAUUAGAGAGGUUGAUUACAGUAAGAAAAUAUUGUUUAUAUAUCCAUUGACAGGGAAGAGACAGUGCACCGAGAAACAAGCCACUUCAAGCAGGGGAAUUUUUAUAAGAAUGAAGCCAUGCAUGACGGCUCUAAGACAAGCGAUUCCACCAUUGUUGAACUUCAAAGAGAUAUCCACCGGAUUGAACAUGGUCGACGUUCCAUUUUUCCGGCGAAAAGACAAGGUGGUUUUCGUCAUGGGAGCCACCGGAACCGGCAAAUCCCGUCUCGCCAUCGACCUCGCCACUCGUUUUCCGGCGGAGAUCAUAAACUCCGACAAGAUCCAAGUCUACAAAGGUCUCGACAUCGUGACCAACAAAGUCACUCCGGAGGAAAGCCUCGGCGUCCCGCACCACCUCCUCGGCACCGCGGAGAACACUCACGACGAUUUCACCGCGGAGGAUUUCCAGCGGGAAGCAAUCAGAGCGGUUAAAUCAAUAGUGGAGAGAGACCGUGUACCGAUCAUAGCCGGUGGUUCUAAUUCUUACAUAGAGGCUUUGGUCAACAACUGCGUUGACUUCCGGUUAAGGUACAGUUGUUGCUUCUUGUGGGUUGAUGUCGAUAAACCGGUUUUGCAUUCGUUUGUCUCGAAGCGAGUCGAUAAAAUGGUUGAGAUGGGACUCGUCGACGAGGUUCGCCGCAUCUUCGAUCCGUCGUCGUCGGAUUACUCCUCCGGAAUCCGAAGAGCGAUCGGAGUUCCUGAGCUAGACGAGUUUCUCCGAGCUGAGCUUCUAAAUUUUCCGGCUGAGACGACGGAGAAGCUUCUUGAGACGGCGAUCAAGAAAAUCAAGGAUAGUAAUUGUUUGCUUGCGUCUCGCCAGUAUCAGAAGAUUCAAAGGCUUUACAAGCAGUGGAAGUGGAACAUGCACCGCCUAGACGCGACGGAGGUGUUUCUCCGGCGAGGAGAAGAAGCUGACGACGCUUGGGAGUACAAGGUGGCUCGCCCUAGCGCACUCGCCGUCGAUCGGUUCCUUAAUUACAGCGAAGAUCACCAUUAUUUGGAAGGCGCUGAUAUACUCAUACCGGAGAUAUCCGUCGUUCCGCCGCUUCCAGCCGCUGUGGCAGCGAUUUCGCGGUGAAAAAGAACCGAACAAUGUAUAUGAUGGAAAAAAAAAGAGAGGGAAGUUCAAGAAAUAAAAGCAACCAUAAUAAUGCCACGUGGCGAUGUUGGUAAAAAUAGUUAUGAUAUGGCCACGUGGCGAGAUGGGUCGCUGUCGGAGAAGAUGACCUUUAUGUUACUUAUUGUUAGAAGUGUGUUGCGGUUAACGGAAUCAGUUUUGAGUGGAUGCUGACUGACAGGCUUUCCCUUUUGUUCCGGUAUGGUACUAAGCUAGGAUGUGGUGCGGUUUAGUGUACGGUUAUACGGUGGAUUAGGUUAGAUUUAUCAGUUAAGACAACCAGAGGUCGUUGGUUAACGCGGUUUUGUUGAACAUGGACCCUACUUUUUGACGGCGGGUAGCCGUCAGAUAUGUGUUAGGUCUUCUCAGAUGUGGUUAAAUAAUUCAAUCAAACGGUUGUGAAGUGAUUAUUAUUAGUAGUUCAUAAUAAUUCUGGCGGAUUGCUGAUGAAAUCCAUGCUAGA